AUGCCCCAUUAUAGGGCCAAUGACUUUUGCCUUUGGAUUAUAGCCAGAGACGCCAAGCCUGAGAUUUCAGCCUUUCAACUGCAACAGUUUGAUCAAAUAGGAAUGCCAAAAGAGACCACCUGUGACCAAAAACAGACAGCUGGGAAGCACAGCCUUCAAGCUCUUCAGUCGGCCUGUGGGUUCUCCAGUGACCUGAGUUCUGAGCACACAGCCAAUUUAAUCACAGCUGAAUAUGUGGCUGAAAAGAUAACCUCUUGUCUCUUACUACUGGCCAUUCAGAGACUUCUAAGGGAUGAGUACUUGGCCAUCUCUUACCUGAGGAGCCUGCCUGCAGAGCUCUUCCCAUGUCUCUUUCUGGAAGCUUACACUCACAAAUGCUGGAAGACCAUGAAGGCUCUUGUCCAGAGCUGGCCCUUUGACAGACUGCCUCUGGAGCCUCUGGUUUACGACCUAUUUCCUGAUAAUGAAAGUUUGAAAUCUGUCCUGGAUGGAAUUGAUGUCCUGCUUCAGCAGGAAGUUCUUCCUAGUUGUAAGCUGCAGGUGUUGGAUUUACAGUCCACAGGAGAGAAGUUCUGGAGUGUGUGGACUGGAGACUACUUCCCAGUGUGCUCACUAAGGAAACAACUAGAGGCUGAGGGACCUUCAAGGAACGAGAAUGCCAGACCCUGCUUGGAGACGUUUGGGCAAUUUCUGGGCAGGAUGAAAAACCUCAGUAGACUCUGUCUGGAGAUCAUCAUACUUGAGGGAGUCCCAUCAAAUGAGUUGGAGAACCAGAAUCAUCUCAUCUCUGAAUUCACAUCAAAGAUCCUCCAGCUACUUCGUCUUCAAGAGCUGUACUUGGAAUCUGUCUCCUUCCUCCAGGGCCAUCUGGACCAGCUGCUCAGGAGUCUUCAAACCCAGCUGGAGGUCUUCUCACUCAUUGACUGCACAGUAACAGAAAGAGACUUGGCUCACCUGUUCCAGAGCCCACACAUCCGGCAGCUGAAGGAACUGUGUCUGAGAGGCAUCCCCCUGACCUCUGUCAGUGAGCCCCUGGGAGCUCUGCUGGAGGUAAAUGCAGCCACCCUGCAGGACCUGGACCUGAGUCUGUGUGGCCUCCAGGACCCCCAGCUUGAGGCCCUGCUCCCUGCCCUGAGCAUCUGCUCCCAGCUCAGGUCUCUCAACCUGCAUGGGAACCGCCUGUCCAUGGCCAUCCUGGAGAAGCUGCUGCACUGCACCACGGGGCUGCAGCAUUUGUGUCUCCAGCUGUUUCCUGCCCCUCUGGAGAGUUCAAACCCCCAGGGAGUUCCACAGUCUUGGGUAUUAGACUUGCUUUGUACUCAGAUCUCAAACAUUCUCCAGCAUCUUGGAUACUCCAGGUCCAUCAUGAUGAGCAGUUGUCAUUGCUCACACUGUGCUAGGAAGGAGUUCAGAAACUGGGAGCCCACAUUUAUUCCCUGCUCACAUCUGUAUGAAACUCAUUAUGGAGAACUUAAAGCCAUCGUUAUACCUUUCAGAAUCAUUAGAAGUGGCAUCUAG